ACGGCAGCUUGCUGGCGGACAGCAUGCCUAAAUCGCCAUUACUGCUUGUGCAGGUUUUGCCGUGGUUUUUCGCCGUGGUAUCUACAGCAAACAACGGGACUCAACCAGGAUUCUUCGAUGUGCCGCAACGUGGCAAUGACACUGCGGACCGUCUACUUGUCAACGCCUACCCCACAGGAGUGACGUCAUCGCUGGACAACCUAGAAAAGGCGCAUCCCGGCAUCGAUUUCUUCAGAGGGCACGGCAGCUUGCUGGCGGACAGCAUGCCUAAAUCGCCAUUACUGCUUGUGCAGGUUUUGCCGUGGUUUUUCGCCGUGGUAUCUACAGCAAACAACGGGACUCAACCAGGAUUCUUCGAUGUGCCGCAACGUGGCAAUGACACUGCGGACCGUCUACUUGUCAACGCCUACCCCACAGGAGUGACGUCAUCGCUGGACAACCUAGAAAAGGCGCAUCCCGGCAUCGAUUUCUUCAGAGGGCACGGCAGCUUGCUGGCGGACAGCAUGCCUAAAUCGCCAUUACUGCUUGUGCAGGUUUUGCCGUGGUUUUUCGCCGUGGUAUCUACAGCAAACAACGGGACUCAACCAGGAUUCUUCGAUGUGCCGCAACGUGGCAAUGACACUGCGGACCGUCUACUUGUCAACGCCUACCCCACAGGAGUGACGUCAUCGCUGGACAACCUAGAAAAGGCGCAUCCCGGCAUCGAUUUCUUCAGAGGGCACGGCAGCUUGCUGGCGGACAGCAUGCCUAAAUCGCCAUUACUGCUUGUGCAGCGAUGAUGACCUCUCACACUGGAGCCCGAAUGACAACACCAGAUUAUGCUCGAGGCACUUUGUCAACGGAGAAUAAAGCGCCAUAAAGAAUAAUUCAAGUUACCUUCCAACUCGCCAAAACCUCGACAAAUGGGAUAAGCAAGGCACGCUCGAAGUAUA